CUGUUCCGGGUGUGGGUGGGUGUCCAUGCCCGCGGGCCAGCCUGAAGGAGCGAGGCGCUGCCGGCCUCCCCAACCAGUUGACCGAGCCUGGGGAGAGCAGUUGCCGCAGCCGCCCGGGGCCCCCGCCCUCCGGUCCUCAGCGCGCCUCGGGGCCCACGCUGUGUCUGCGAUCGGGACCCGCCCAAGUGACACGUCCACGGUUGCUCCUAGCAUGACCACAGUCUGAUCAGCAGCCAGGAGCAUCUGACCCCCGUGUUGUGCGCCUCAGGGCUGGGGCCUGCUCACCGCCCACGCCGCCAGCGCUGCCAUGGCUGCUGCCUUUACGUCCAGCCCUGUCGCUUCACAGCCCCAGUUCACAGCCAUGAAUGAACCGCAGUGCUUCUACAAUGAGUCUAUCGCCUUCUUUUAUAACCGGAGUGGAAAGUAUCUUGCCACAGAAUGGAACACAGUCAGCAAGCUGGUGAUGGGGCUUGGAAUCACCGUCUGUAUUUUCAUCAUGUUGGCUAACCUCCUGGUCAUGGUGGCGAUCUAUGUCAACCGCCGCUUCCAUUUUCCUAUUUAUUACUUAAUGGCGAAUCUGGCUGCUGCGGACUUCUUUGCUGGGUUGGCCUACUUCUACCUAAUGUUCAACACAGGACCCAAUACUCGGAGACUGACUGUCAGCACGUGGCUCCUGCGUCAGGGCCUCAUUGACACCAGCCUGACGGCUUCCGUGGCCAACCUACUGGCCAUCGCAAUUGAGAGGCACAUCACGGUUUUCCGGAUGCAGCUCCACACGCGGAUGAGCAAUCGGCGGGUGGUGGUGGUGAUUGUGGUCAUCUGGACCAUGGCCAUUGUUAUGGGGGCCAUACCCAGUGUGGGCUGGAACUGCAUCUGUGAUAUUGAAAAUUGUUCCAACAUGGCACCCCUCUACAGCGACUCUUACUUGGUCUUCUGGGCCAUUUUCAACUUGGUGACCUUUGUUGUCAUGGUGGUUCUGUAUGCUCAUAUCUUUGGCUAUGUUCGCCAGAGGACUAUGAGGAUGUCUCGGCAUAGUUCUGGACCCCGACGGAAUCGGGAUACCAUGAUGAGUCUUCUGAAGACCGUGGUCAUUGUGCUUGGUGCCUUUAUCAUCUGCUGGACUCCUGGACUGGUCUUGUUACUCCUCGACGUGUGCUGCCCGCAGUGUGACGUUCUGGCCUAUGAGAAGUUUUUCCUUCUGCUUGCCGAGUUCAACUCUGCCAUGAACCCCAUCAUCUACUCCUACCGCGACAAGGAGAUGAGCGCCACCUUCAGGCAGAUCCUGUGCUGCCAGCGCGGUGAGAACACCGGCGGCCCCGCGGAAGGCUCGGACCGCUCCGCCUCCUCGCUCAACCACACCAUCCUGGCGGGAGUCCACAGCAAUGACCACUCCGUGGUUUAGGACAGGAACUAAGAUGAGAGGCGGUCGUCAUCCAUUGAGGGAUGAACAGCCUCCCCCUCCCCACAGGCCAGGGCAGGGUGGGGUGUGAGAAAGAGGAAAAAUACCUUCGUGUACUUAAACACUAACCCGUGGCAGUAUUUGUUCCUUGACCCACCAAGACGUGACAUAUAUUGGAAAAUUAGCUUAUGUGAUACCCCUCAUCCUGCUCCCAUUCCUUUUGAAAGUAGAAAGUGGAGAUCUUGCAAUGGAAUUCAUACGCAGACUCUGGAGUGUCCAUGUACACUACACUAACUAGUCUUCAAAAGAUUUUGUAUGGUUUGGUGCACGUCAGAAUAAAUUCUGACUAAUUGAAUCCACAACUUCAUUUACAUACAGGCUUCCCUUUUUUCUUCUUAAAGGAUACAUUUCAUUUAAUAAACAUGUUUAUGCCUGUCAGCAUGCUUGUGAUGGAUAAGACUGUAGACUGUUUUUAAAUGAUUUAUAACUCCAUUUUUUUCCUUAUGUUAGGAAAACUGUAAAUUAGAAUUACGUUUUUAGAAAGCAUGCAUGAAAAUGUAUGUAUGCAGUAUGCCAUACUUAAAAAGACAAAAGAGUAUUAAUUUUAAAUGUUCUAGGGAAUAGAAAAACCUAGAUUUCAAAGCCAGUAUUUGUUUAGGUUAUGAAACAAACAAUGAUCUAAUCACAAUAUUACCUUUUUUAUUAAAGUGUUGUAACAUGUGUAAAACAGGAAAUGUAAGUUUAUUAUCAGAAGAAUAUGUACUCUAUAAAAGUUAUAGAAGAUGAGCACAGUGGUGUGGUCCCACAUAUUUAUAGUACCCGAGUACAUUCUAAUUAUCAGUUCAUCAGAGGAAUUUUUUAAUAACCUGUGUUUUUCUGUAUUAUAAUACACAGUCAUUGUAGAAAACUUGAAAAAUACCGAAGUGUAUGAAACAGAAAAAAUACUGAUAAUAUCACAACCCAGAAGUAACCACAGUUAACAGCUUUUCCCCCUGUGUAUGCUAUAUGUAUAUUGUAUACCUUUUUAUAUAAUUGCAGUCAUACUGUAAACAAUUUUAUAACCAGUUUGUUUUUUUCCACUGCAGAAUUGCCACAUUUUCCUAUGGCAUUAAAAAUUUUACAAAAACAUGACUUUAAUGGCUAUAUAAUAUUCCAUUUAAUGGAUGCAACUCAAUUUAACCAUUCCUGUAUUGUUGGUUAUGUCUAAUUUUCACUAUUAUAAAUAAUGUUGCAAAAAUUUAUGUACAUAAAACUUUGUCCAUAUAAUUAUUUACUUAGGAUACAUUCCCGUGAAGGAUUUUUUUUUUUUAAAUGUGAAAUGUCUUUUUAUGCUCUUACCUUUUAUAAAAGAAGAUUUCCUACUUUUGCCCUGUGUGGGUGGCAACAGUGAGGAAAGCCAGUUAAAUUACCUUUUUACAAAGGAAAUACAGUGGUUACUUUAGUUGAGAGUGACUUUUUUUAUAUAACAAAAUGGACUAGAAACAAUCUGUUGUCACAAACAGCCAGGAUACCCUACUUAAUAUGUUUAGCAAUUCCAGAUUUCAUUUGAGCAACAAUGACCCAGCUCUUGGUAACCACAACUUUAAUGUAGAAUUGAAGAAAAUGCAAAGAAGUCAAACAUGCCGAAUGAAUAAAGGAUCACCUUCAUGUUAAACAGCUUCUGUAGCAAAAGGGUUGAGUGUGUCCGUACGUGACCAGAUGCUUACUGUGUGUUCUUUAGGGCCACCCCCACGGAUGCCACCAUGUUAGGUGAUGCCUAUUUAACGGUCCAGGUAAACUAAUUAUUGCAUCAGUUGGUAGUAAUAUGUAACCAGUAAAGUCACAGUCAUGAAGCAGGUGUGGGAAAGUUAGGAGUAUGUUUGAGAGAGAGAUGUCCAGGAGAAGAAUGUCUGUUUAGGAAGGAGGAAGUCAGCGUCUGGUCACCAUUUGAGCAGAGGGCACACUUAACAAGUGCCCAAACCAGGAGGAGGAUGGGGAAGCAGUUAGCAGAAAGGUGUCUGCACAGGUUUUAUGCAAAAUACAGAGCAUUUUAUAGAGGAAGGAAAGAAAUGAACUUGGACUUUUAUUCACGCACACUUACUCUGAAGAUGUGGACUAUUUGAAAUUUAAAAACAUGCUACGUGGACUUUAAUAAAUCAUCCUGAAUCAAUGUUUGGCAACGUA